AGCGAUGUUGCCUUAGUCGGAGUCGUGCUUUUUACUUUGUUUUUCCUUCAGUAUUGCCAUGUUUUAAUUUAACGGCAUGAACAUUGUUGACUUAUUGAUACUAAUAGUCGGAUUUCUGCUUUGAAAACUACAAUGGUAUUGUACGGUUUAAAUGUUAGAACGGUUCAACCAACGGCAGUAGGCGUUACCUCAUAACAUCUGACUUCCUCACUUCGCGGUUCAAGGGCAAACAAAAGGUUUAGAUGCUUUUUCGGCAAGGAGUUCUGUACGCACAAAUGUUCGCUCUCGGGGGCUAACCAAAAGAUGUCAUAGAUUCGUUGGUCGUAUUACGUUCCCCUUGGACUAAACGCAUCUGUAAGGAACUGGGAGGAGAUAUUUUUUGGUGGGGACAACGCCCGUUUUAGGAAAAGCACAUGAGUGCAUGUGAUAGUGUGUACCUUACCGGAGAACGAUAACAGAAGAUCAAUACAACUCAUUGGAAGCUACACAUCUUUUUCCAAAGCGCGCAAUGCGUCCAAUAAAACGGAUAACGACUGGCACUCUGGUUUUUAACUGAUCCACGUCUGGAUGCCGCUCAGCAAUAAGCAAAGAAUACACUAUUUUUAAAACUAAUAAACAUCUCGUUCCAGGACAAGUUAUUAAGGGAUGGUUGGGAAUUUUCCUGAGAGAGAAUAAUUCGACAUGGCGCUAAAUUGGGUUUUCCAAUCGCUUCAUGGAAAUUCAAAGUAAACUGAAAUAUCAGGUUCGCUCUGGAUGCAAUGCUCUAAAAACUGGACUUUCACAUCUGUAUGUAAACACGAGUACAGGAGAAUCAGGAUGAAAAGAUGGCAACCUUGCUGUUACCACCGGGUCCUGACACCUUGCGCCGGUUCACUCGCGAAUCCUUGGCUGCCAUCGAGCAGCGGAUUGCCGAGGAGCAGGCCAAGAAUGCCAAGGAGUACCAGGAAGAUCUGGGAGACGUGGAGCAGCCCAAACCUCGGGCCGACCUGGAGGCUGGCAAGCAGCUGCCCCGCAUCUUCGGUGACAUUCCCUCCGGACUUGUCGGAGUGCCUCUGGACGACAUUGACUCUUUUUACUUCAAUAACCGCAGAACUUUUAUAGUACUGAACAAAGGGAAGGCCAUCUUCCGAUUUAGUGCCACAUCCGCACUGUAUAUUUUUAGUCCUUUUCAUCCUGUCAGAAGAGCAUCAAUAAGGAUUUUAGUACACUCAUUAUUUAGUUUGUUUAUUAUGUGCACUAUUUUGACCAAUUGUUGUUUUAUGGCCAUGUCUGAACCAGCGCAAUGGGCCAAGUAUGUUGAGUACACUUUCACUGGCAUAUAUACUUUUGAAUCCCUGAUAAAAAUACUGGCGAGAGGAUUCUGUGUCGGGCCGUUCACCUUUCUGCGUGACCCCUGGAACUGGUUGGAUUUCAGUGUAAUAGUCAUGGCAUAUGUUACUGAGUUUGUGGACCUGGGAAAUGUCUCAGCAUUAAGAACGUUCAGAGUACUGCGAGCACUGAAAACUAUCUCUGUCAUUCCAGGCCUGAAGACCAUUGUGGGGGCUCUGAUCCAGUCGGUGAAGAAGCUCGCAGAUGUGAUGAUCCUGACUGUGUUCUGCCUAAGCGUCUUUGCCUUGAUUGGGCUGCAGCUCUUCAUGGGCAACCUGCGGCAGAAGUGCGUUCGCAGCACAGCGCACUGCUUGAACAGCACCCGCGGUAAUGACACCUUAUUCUUCUGCAACAACAAGACCUGGACCUCUGAGGAAGAUUUCAUUUCUGAUGAAGAAAACUUUUAUAAGGCGGAAGGAGCAAAGGAUGCCUUAAUUUGUGGAUAUGGAAGUGACGCUGGGAAAUGCCCAGAUGGCUUUGAUUGCUUAAAGGCGGGAAGAAACCCAAAUUAUGGUUACACAAGUUUUGAUACCUUUGGCUGGGCCUUUCUGUCCCUAUUCCGUCUAAUGACGCAGGACUACUGGGAGAAUCUCUAUCACCAGACUCUCCGAUCAGCAGGGAAGACCUACAUGGUCUUCUUUGUGGUAGUGAUCUUCCUUGGCUCCUUCUACCUGGUGAACUUGAUUCUGGCUGUAGUCGCCAUGGCGUAUGAGGAGCAAAACCAAGCUACCAUUGCUGAGGCCUUGCAAAAAGAGCGGGAAUUUCAGCUAGCAAUGGAACAUUUGAAGAAAGAGCAACAAGCAAUGGCACAAAAAGUUGAGGAGACAGACUCUGUGCUUUUGCCAGAGUUGUCUCCCUCCACUCUACAAUAUGCCAAUGAGCAGAAGAACAGAAAAAAACAGGAGAGGACAUUGUCGGAGGAAACUGAAGAAGAUGCAGAUGAGAAAACAGCUAAACUGGACACUAUGGGAGCACCCAAGCGUGCACACCCAGUCCUCAUCCGCACCCUGUCAUCCAACACCAGGAGAGGAAGCCAGAUGAGCAUCUUCAACUUCCGCCUCCGCAACAAGGAUUCGGAAGCAGAUUUUGCGGACGACGAAUUCAGCGUGCACGGAGACAGUGAGAGCCGCACGGGUUCGCUGACCUUGCCUUGGCCUAAAAGGCGGACUAGCGCCCAAAGCACGGGUAGCCACUGCUCCCAGGUCUUCGGCCCCAGCCUGAACAUCAAUGGCAAGCUUGCAGUCGCCAUGGACCACAACGGCGUGACUGGCAUGGGCAUGGGCCUGACUCCCCUUCCCCUGCCGGCCUGCAACAUGGAGACUGGCAAAAAGGACAGCGUGCCCAACUGUACAACUGAGGUGAGCGCCAUGCUGAUCCCUCGAAGGCUGUCACGCGAGGUCCCGGAGGAACCUACUAGAAGGGAAAGAGCGAUGAGCGCCGCCAGUUACCUCAGCGACGCCAUGGACGAACUGGAGGAGUCCCAUCAAAAGUGCCACCCCUGCUGGUAUGACUUUGCCCACAAAUACCUCAUCUGGGACUGCUGCCCCAUGUGGCUGAAGGUAAAGGAAUGGGUGAAGUUCAUGGUGAUGGACCCUUUCCUGGACCUGGCCAUCACUGUGUGCAUCGUACUCAACACCCUCUUCAUGGCUCUGGAACACUACCCCAUGACCGACGAGUUCAACAGGAUGCUGUCUGUGGGAAAUCUGGUCUUCACUGGGAUCUUCACAGCUGAGAUGACCUUCAAAAUCAUCGCCCUCGACCCAUACUACUACUUCCAGCAGGGCUGGAAUAUCUUUGACAGCAUCAUCGUCAGCCUCAGUCUGAUGGAGCUGGGUCUCUCCAACGUUGAGGGAUUGUCGGUGCUGCGGUCAUUCAGAUUGUUGAGGGUCUUCAAGCUGGCGAAAUCCUGGCCCACCCUCAACACGCUGAUAAAGAUCAUCGGGAACUCGGUGGGAGCUCUGGGCAACCUGACCCUGGUCCUGGCCAUCAUCGUCUUCAUCUUCGCCGUGGUGGGCAUGCAGCUGUUUGGGAAGAACUAUCAGGAUUGUGUGUGCAAGAUCUCCAGGGAUUGCUCGAUGCCCCGGUGGCACAUGAAGGACUUCUUCCACUCCUUCCUGAUCGUGUUCCGGGUCUUGUGCGGGGAGUGGAUAGAGACCAUGUGGGACUGCAUGGAAGUUGCCGGACAGCCUCUCUGCAUCCUUGUCUUCAUGCUGGUCAUGGUGAUCGGGAACUUAGUGGUGCUGAACCUCUUUCUGGCCCUGCUGCUGAGCUCCUUCAGCGCGGACAACCUCUCCGCGCCCGACGACGACGGCGAGAUGAACAACCUGCAGAUCGCCUUCGCCCGCAUCCAGAGGGGUGUCGGCUGGCUGAGGCUGGCCAUCUGCGACUUCUUCAACGGUAACUUCAAGAGACGGCGGCAGAAGGCCAAGGAGGCCAAGGCCAUGCUGAAGCUGAAGCGCAUGAGCAACCACGCUGAGGGGAACGGCACGGUGGGGGUCAUCGGACGCCACGGGGAGAAGUACAUCGUCACCGAUGGCGACAGCUACAUGACCAACCCCAACCUGACCAUAAGCGUGCCCAUCGCUCCUGGGGAGUCCGACGUGGAGUUCCCCGAGGAGGAGGAGGAGGAGGAGGAGGAGCAGAGCGAGUGCUCGGAGGAAGAGGAGACCAAGCAGAAGGACGAGAUCAGCCUGUCAGAGGGGAGCACAGUGGACCUCAGAAAGACAGGAGAAGAGGAGGAUGAGGACUCCGAGAUGGCCGAAGAGGCCAUGGACCCCGAGAACUGCUUCCCUGACUCCUGCGUCCGUCACUUCCAGUGCUGUGACAUCAACACCACGCAGGGAAUGGGCCAGAUCUGGUGGCGCUUCCGCAAGACCUGCUACCAGAUUGUGGAGCACAGCUGGUUUGAGACUUUCAUCAUCUUCAUGAUCCUGCUGAGCAGCGGUGCUCUGGCUUUUGAAGACAUUUAUAUAGAAAAAAGAAAAGUGAUAAAAGUCGUGCUGGAGUUUGCAGACAAGAUCUUCACUUACAUCUUUAUUCUGGAAAUGCUCCUCAAAUGGGUAGCCUACGGCUUUAAGAAGUACUUCACCAAUUACUGGUGCUGGCUAGAUUUUUUAAUUGUGGAUGUGUCUUUAGUAAGCCUUGUAGCUAACACACUUGGGUACUCGGAAUUUGGUGCCAUCAAAUCACUUAGGACCCUCAGAGCUCUCAGACCACUAAGAGCCCUGUCCAGAUUUGAAGGCAUGCGGGUGGUGGUGAAUGCCUUGAUUGGCGCCAUCCCCUCCAUCAUGAACGUGCUGCUGGUCUGUCUGAUCUUCUGGCUGAUUUUCAGCAUCAUGGGAGUCAACCUCUUUGCGGGGAAGUUCGGCAGGUGUGUCAACAGGACCGGGUACAUAUACAAUGUCUCCAUGAUCAACAACAAGUCUGAGUGCCUGCUAAUGAACGACACACAGUUCUACUGGACCAAGGUGAAAGUCAACUUUGACAACGUGGGUGCAGGCUACCUCGCGCUCUUGCAAGUGGCCACGUUUAAAGGCUGGAUGGAGAUCAUGUACGCAGCUGUGGAUUCACGUGCUGUUGAGGAACAGCCCAUCAAAGAGAUAAAUCUGUACAUGUACCUGUACUUUGUCAUCUUCAUCAUCUUUGGGUCAUUCUUCACCUUGAAUCUCUUCAUUGGUGUGAUCAUCGACAAUUUCAACCAGCAAAAAAGAAAGUUAGGUGGACAGGAUAUCUUCAUGACAGAGGAACAGAAGAAAUACUAUAAUGCCAUGAAGAAGCUGGGAUCCAAAAAGCCCCAGAAGCCUAUUCCAAGGCCAACGAACCCGGUGCAAGGAUUCUUCUUUGACCUGGUGGGAAAGCAAGCUUUUGACAUCAUAAUAAUGGUGCUCAUCAUCCUGAACAUGAUCACCAUGAUGGUGGAGACAGACGAACAACCGAAGAAUAUGGAGAUCAUCCUCAACAAAAUCAACUUGGCCUUCAUUGUUAUCUUCUCAGCAGAAUGCCUCAUCAAGAUCACUGCCCUCCGUUGUUAUUUUUUCACCGUUGGUUGGAACAUCUUUGAUUUUGUGGUGGUAAUCCUUUCUAUUGUGGGUAUUGUUCUUGCAGACAUUAUAGAGAAAUACUUUGUGUCGCCAACUUUAUUCCGAGUCAUAAGACUUGCAAGAAUAGGCAGAGUCCUCAGACUUAUACGUGGAGCCAAAGGAAUCAGAACUUUACUUUUUGCCUUAAUGAUGUCUCUCCCGGCCUUGUUCAAUAUAGGCCUCCUGCUUUUCCUUGUGAUGUUCAUAUAUGCCAUCUUCGGCAUGGCUAACUUCGCCUACGUGAAGAAACAGGCCGGGAUCGAUGACAUGUUCAACUUUGAGACUUUUGCGAACAGUAUGAUCUGCCUUUUCCAGAUCACCACAUCAGCUGGCUGGGACAGCCUUCUGAGCCCCAUAUUGAACAAUUCUCCAGAGGAGUGCGACCCCAACAUCCCCCAUACGGGCACCACUGCCAGGGGAAACUGCGGGAAUCCCUCUGUGGGCAUCACAUUCUUCGUCACCUAUAUCAUUAUAUCGUUCCUCAUUGUAGUGAACAUGUACAUAGCCAUCAUCCUGGAGAACUUCAGUGUGGCCACCGAGGAGAGCACGGAGCCUUUAAGCGAGGACGACUUUGAGAUGUUCUACGAGGUGUGGGAGAAGUUUGACCCCGAGGCCACCCAAUUCAUUGAGUACUCCAAGCUGUCGGACUUUGCGGACACCUUGUCGGAGCCUCUGCGCAUCGGCAAGCCCAACAAGAUCAAGCUCAUCUCCAUGGACCUGCCCAUGGUCAGUGGGGACAAAAUCCACUGUCUUGACAUUUUGUUCGCGUUCACCAAAAGGGUCUUGGGAGAGUCCGGGGAGAUGGACGCUCUGAAGCAGCAGAUGGAGGAGAAGUUCAUGAUGGCCAAUCCGUCCAAAAUCUCCUACGAGCCCAUCACCACUACGCUUCGGCGCAAGCAGGAGGAGGUGUCAGCCACCGUCAUCCAGAGGGCAUACAGGAGGCAUCUGGUGCGGCGGCAGGUGAAGCAAGCCUCUUUUCUCUAUCGCCAGAUCAACGCGGACAGCCAAGCUGAGGUGGACGACCCCCCAGAGAAGGAGGGGCUCAUUGCCUGCAUGAUGAAGGAGAAUUACGUACCCGAGAUUAUGGAGACGCUGUCUUCCACCUCAUCUCCGCCAUCUUAUGACAGCGUGACCAGGGCUACUAGUGACCUUUUCCAAGUUUUAAUUCCUGAGUCCAGGAACACAGACUUGUGUGAACCCUUGCCUCCCCCUGACAGAGACCGGGACACAUUUCUGUAACAAAGCUUAGGAAACGCUUUGCUUCUCCUUUUUUUUUUUUUUUGUUUUUUUGUUUUUUUUUUUUGUUUACCGAAUGUAACAUAGCUCAAAAAACACUGACUCAGUCUUGAUAUACACGUGGUUGUGCAUUAUAACCACAGGGUUUCAUAGGAAUAUAUAUAAAUAUAUAUAUUUUUGGUAUAUGCUUUGUUGGAAUACACGAAGGGAACGUGUAAUUCACAUAGACGACCCUUUGACCCUGCUUACGUCAAACUGUGCUUCACAAUUAUAUGCAUGAAUGGCCUGCGCAGGGUCACAACAGUUAUAUCACUGAUGUAAUAAUCAUUUAUUAGACGCAAGAAAUACAGUUUAUCACUAUUUGCAGAAUACGCCUGACUGUAUGCAUUUAUUAAAGGUCUUACUUACAAUGGUGUGAUUCCUUAUAAGAACAUAUGACUUUUAAAUUAUAACAAAACACAAGAAAUGAAUACAAUUCUGAUAGAAACAUAUAAAACUGUUCUACUUUAUUGGCCUUUACUAGGGGUAUGAUUAUUAUUACAUUUCAUAUUUUUCUAUGUACAGAAAAACAAUUUGUGUAGCUAGUAAUAAAAAGGAAUACUAUCACACUGUAACAUAAUUAAAUAACAGGUUUUAAAAUUUACAAUAAAACUGUACUCUAUAUUAGCUAUCUUUUGGCAUCAUUGCACUUUGAGUUUACAUGUAGGUUUAUGCCUAAUGUGUCCAUUGUUUCAUCAGUAGCCUGCAGCAAUGCAUGUCAGUGCAGUAAGCAAGGUAAGCAUAUGACAAUCAAACCUACUUUGAUAAUGUUGUCAAGGUAAAAUCCUGACAGGAGCAGACUUUCCUAAUACUUAAGCUAAACUGAAUUUAAGGCCAUUGUCUGCUUAUGUAAAAAAUAUCAGGCAGUGGGAGCAGCAAGCUUUGUUUUUUUUAAAAUUUUUUUAUUUAAAAACUAUGACUAUUUGCAUUGCAUGAUUAACUGUAUUUUACACAGAUGGUAUGCUUCAUGACCAUUUUUUUAAGAGGCUCUGUCUUGCACACACCAUGUUUAGCAAUAAUAUGCUAAUUAGGGUUUGAAGAAAAAACAAUUAUCUUUAAUAAUAGUGUCAAAGUUUGUACUGUUUUGAUUUGAUCUCUGGAAAACCACUUCUGUUUUUACUGUAAUGUCCUUACUGAAAUUGUCGCUUCCGUUUUCAGACAUCAGACUUGGAAAAGUACAAAGUUGUAACUCAAGACAUCCUUGUUUGUUUUACAAGUCAUUCUUGAAAGUCUGUUGAAGGGCUGUAUUCAGUAGCAAUAGCUCCAGUGUGUGCCUAGCCGCUCCCUGUCUCUUUUCUAUACAACAUUUAAGAAGGAUGUACUCAGUUGUGAAUGGAAGCCAUUGAUGGAGCUAGAAUUACAAUCUUGUAUGAUAAUGAGAUUUGUACAAUAUGGGGAAAUUCCUAAUACGUUUUUGAUUGCAUGCUGGAUCACUUUAUUAAUAAAUUAGAAAAAUUCUCAUGUUCCUCUAUUAAUAGUUUAAUUAGAAAGCACAUAGAGAUUGCAGAGGGGAUUUUUCACAAGGAAGUUACCUCCAGACAUCUGUUUGAUAAAUUUGGCAACUGAUGUCAAAAAAAGAAAAAAAGAAGGAUAUCCAUAAAAUUCACAUAAGCCUUUGUUUACUAUUUUAAAAUGUUAUUACGACAUUAUUUUUUUUAUGUAUGCUGUGUGACUUUGACAACCAUCUCUUUACACGAAAACAUUUGAAAACCACACACUAUGUGUAUGACAGUAGCCCACAAUGAUGCCUAAUUCUUACAAAUCUUAAAUAGUGUUUGAUUCAGAUUUUCAAAUGCUGAAUAACUUAAACAAUAAAUGUUUUUUGUUUUUUUAAUGAAGGGUCAUGAUAUUUAUACCAGUUGUUUAAGAUUCAGAUUUUGCAACCAAUGUUUAAUUCACUCAAGUAAAACUUAUAAUAACAUACUGAGAACCUGAAAUUGACUAUGUCUAUUCUUACUACAUCAUUAAAGGAAUAGUUCACUUUUUGGGCCUAUAUAUUUAAAUUUUAGUAUAUGAUUUUGAUUGGCCCAAGCAGUAUUUGAGUGUGAAGGAGGCUAUUUUGUGACACAUUGGGGUUACAAUGACUGGUACAGGGGCAUUCUCAGGUUUUGGAUUUAAAUUAAAGAAGAAAAAAAACAUUUAAAAACUUCUAGAGCAGCUUCUAUAAUGUUAUGUUUCCAGAGGCAGUGCAUGUUAACACAUUUAUUAUAAUUAUUCACUAGAACACAUUUUAUAGCACUUAUUUACAAUUAUAAUCAUAAAUAUCAUUUUUUAUAUUUUUCUAGUACUUAUUUCCUCCUUUGGUUCAGCAGUCUCAGGUUGCAUGUUCUAAUAGGAAAUAGUUUCAACCGAAAAGAUUCAACUUAAUUCAAAAUAAUAAUAAUAAUAAUCUGGUAAUAUAGUUCAUACAACCUCUGGAAGCAUUCCAAAUUCCAGAAAGUGAACUAUCCCUUUAAUUCCAAUAUCUGAACACGUAGUCACACUUUACAUAUUUAUUUAUUCGUAAAGCCUUCAUAAAGCAUGUACUUUUUAAUGCCUUGCUUAAUGUGACGUAAGAUCUUUUUAAAUCAGUCAUAAAGAAAUGCAUUACUCUCUGGCUAUAAGGAUAUUGAACAACACAUUAUUUUACUUGACUUUACUUUGACCAAAAUUUCUUGACUCACAUUUAUUGUUAUUAUUUCCGAUAAUGUUACUCUGUAGUAAGGGAGCUGUUAUAUGUGCUUUGUGAAUGCUUUAUGAAUACAUAUUGUAUGGAAUGUGUGAGCCAAUAUUGUCACAUAAUUGUCAUACAAAAUUAUACAAAUUUUGAAUUUCUUCAAAACAAGCUAACCAAAUAACUACAUAUUUUAAAAUUGAUUGUUUUCCAUAUCACAAACUUGUAUACAUAAAGCAAUACCUCAAUUGCACACACUCUCAAGCAUGCUGAUUUAACAUGAAUGAUGUCCCAAUUCUGCCAAUUAUUUUCUUUUAAAUUUGCAGGAAAUUGGUGAAAUGGAAGAGCUGGUCCUUCAAAGUAGUUGUGUACUCCUGUUUUUAGAACUUAUGAUGUAUGAUACAAAACUCCUCACUUUGGACAGUUGGGCAAUCAUGUCUUAAUAAAUGCAAUAUUCACAGUGAAUGCAUUUGUGUCAUUAUGGAUAAUGAACACUCAGUAUCAUGAAUUUACAUAAUACUGGCUCUCUUGGUUGGAUUACUAUAUAGUAUAGUUUUAAAUACAAUUGUUGCACUGAAGAAAUAUAACCCUAUACAAAAAAGUUUUUUGUGUGCUGAGGGUGAGGGAGCACAUAUUCAAUGUGAAGUUCUUUAAAGAUAUUUAUUUGGCGUAGUUGGUUUUGUCUGCUCAGUUGUUGGGGUUAUGGUUUUCAUGAGGCACUAUGAGAUUUACCUUCAUGAUAUUGGGUUGAAUAUUAGUGAUUAGUGCAUACUGUAAACCAAAGCACGUGUCACAACAAUACAAUUGUUGGAACACAAUACAACAAGAAUAGCAUGUUAAAAGUUUUAAAAAAGAAAAAAAGUUGGGAGUCAUUUUUGCUAAGUUUCUAUCAUGAAGUGACUGACUGCAAUUGAUAUAGAUUUCCUUAUUGGAUUAUGAGUUGAUGCAUUUUACUUAUUUGGUUUACAGAAUGAAAUACUUGCUGUUUUGCAGCGUGUACUUAUUAGUAGACACCAAAUUUUCAGCCAAAGGAAAAUUAGUUUUGGGGGGGGGGGGGGGGGGGGGGGGGGUUGUGCCAAAUACAUAAUAUGAGAAAAAAAGAUGGAAGGGAAAGAAGAGAUUUGCCAUACUGUGUAGUUAUAUCCUUAGCUAUGUGAAAUGUAUACGUGAAAUACAUGUAACAUGAAAUCCCUUAGUUAUAGAACCUGAAGUUUAUGUUGAAUAGAAUUUUGGGCUGUGUGUGAAGCAUGAUUAUGAAAAACCCUCUCAAACCUAAUACUGCACAUACAUUUUAAAUCAUUAUGCUUAUUAAAACUGGAGUUAUUUUACCAAGUAUAUUUGGAAUUAUAGUAACAAGGAGGUCUGCAUUGCCUACUCUGAAGCAAGGUCUUUGCAUGAAUUGGGACAUCAUAUGCUAUGCUAUCUCUAUAAAUAUUGAUUUUGCAAUAUAACCAGUCUAACAUGAGAAAUAAGAUUGCCUAUUGAAAGCAAUAAUAAGCUGAAAACAAAACUUUUUGGUCCAACUCCUGCCUUCAGUUUCUAAGCUAGGGGCAUUGUACUGUUAUUUCUCCUCAUUUGUAAUAUAUUUCAAUUUAUCAUCUUUUUCAUGCCCAGGUAAUGAUUGAGCCACACAUCUUUGUUUUUGUAAAUCAAUCAGUAUAGAUAUGGCAUUAGGCAUGACAUCAUAUAUUAUAGCUGGAACACUCUCCCAUAGUCAGUUAGUUGAAGAACAAAUGCACUACCAAAGCCAAAUUAUAAUUUAGGGACCACUGUACUGUGUCCAUUUGAUUGAUGAAGGCCCAUGUUGCCUAAAUGUAGUUGUUAUUAUUCUUAUUUUUGUAGUUUACCUUAUUUAUAGGACAUUACCAUUUUCAAUGAAUGGCUGAGUUUUCCUCUCUUUUUUGAUAAUUGAUGCUUUUGAUGCUGAAAACGUUUUUGAUGGAAUUACUGCUGAAGGAUAUAAAUACACAUAGAAAGAUAGAAUCCUGUGGAUUUGAAAAACCCUACUAUGGCAUCCAAUGAUUGAAGAUGUGGAGUGGCACUAAGAUAGUGUGCAUAGGCUGCAGUUCCCUGCAUACAUUUUGUAUGUACUGUAUAGAGCAUGAACAGUGGACAGAACAAACUCUUGUAAAGUGAAAAUAUUCACCCCUAAGUAUGCUUUUGGCCGAAUCCUUAUGUCCAUUACAUACACACACCUGCUUGUGGUCUAGAAAAUUUUGUCUAAAAGCAAACUGAUAUUUCAAUCUGUCAUGGUUCUGAGAGGUCAUGAUUAAUACUAAAAGCAUUCUUUUGACUAAAUAGAAUCCAGUCAUGCAUCUGUUGAGCAUUAUUCUAACUACUGCUGCAGGUUAUUUUUUUGCUCAUCUCGGCAUGUCUUUUCUGAUUAUUCUUAUACCCUGUGCUUCCUUUUUGGGUUUAUAUUCUAACAGAAAUGCUGGGAGCAUUUCUUUAUUUUAUUUAUUUUUAAUUUUUUUUUUAUGGAAUCACUCCCUGGCUACCAUGCUUAAAUGUGAAAAUCUGGAUGAAACAAAUGUAGUGAAGCAGAUAACAAAAGCAGAAUAUCUGAUAGACACACUUAUGCACUGAAAAGAAUGCUAUUCUUUAGUAGUUUUCCUUGUUUAAAUAGUUCAGAAUUCAAUUUAUAGAACUGCUGUGAAAGUUGAUAUAAAUUUAAGCCAUAUGCUAUAUGCCAUAUUUUUUAAAUUGCACGCCAGUAGUUCAGCAUGUUCAUAUGUUUAUGUCCCAUUCAGGUGGGAUCUGGGUGUCAGUCUACCGUCACACCAUUAAAGUGUUGAAGGUUUACCCUCAAUAACAAAGCUCUGUGGGGAGGAAAGGUUGUUUUUUUUUUUUGCUGAUCUCCUCUCAUUUCUGGACAAUUAUAUUGGAUUACAAAAGCGGUAAAGGCGUAUGAAAAGUCAGGAAUCAGAAUUAGGCUUAGAAUUAGAUCGUUUUAUUUUGGGGAUAUAUAUUUUUUUUCACAAUGCACAUGUGUUAUCACUGAGUCUACUGAAUGAGCUGAAACACAUUUGGAUGACCUGGAUGGAUGACAGUUGUUCAUACUGGAAAGAGCCAUCAGCAGUUUAUUUAUUGCAACUAACACCAUGUUGAAAUAUUUGGUAGUUUAUCCACGCCUGGUAUUUUGCGAAUUUUUGUUUUACACUUUUACAUGGAAUGUAUAUUUCUUUUUAAGACCAAAUAAUCCUUUAUUUGAUUUUCCCCAUCUUUAUGUCAUGUCUGUGAUUUAAGAAAUGGUUUUUUGUAAAUGUGUCAAUAUUAGCACAGACAUGCUUGUUUUACUUUUUUUUUUUAAAUCAGAAAUAUUUUGCAUGUGUGCAAUGUGAAGGCCUAUGAUUGAAAUGGGAAAUUACGGAAUAUGUUGUUUAUGCUUUAUAUAUAAAUGUAUAAUACAAGUUCCUAAUGUAGAUGUGUUUUAUAUUGUAGAACUCACUGUAUUUAAUUGCAUUUUUAUUUCAUUGAUUUACUUUUUGUAAGGAAAUUUACAAAGGAUUAUGCCAACAAUGCAUACAGGACAUGUGGACUGCCCAAUGAGUGCUGCUUCAUGAUGCCCUACUUUACCUCUGGGAGAAUGCAUGUUCUUUGGGGACUGGGUCUCUAAAGCCUGAAUUAAGGUUUCAGCUCAGCAAAGUGUGAGUGAUCCCAAAAAAAUAUGUGCCUGGUUUUCAACACUAUGGAAGAAGUGCAUGAUUCAGUAAAAUGUAGGCCUUUUCUUUUGUUUUUUCUUAGCUAUAUUCACAUUUAUACAGUAUCUCUUACAGUACGAGUGUAAAUUCCUGUUUCUUUGUUUUAAAUAAAAAUGAAUAUGAAAAAAAAAUGUUGUCCAAAUGAUCAGGACAAUUGGGAAACAAAGAAUCAGUGGGUUUGACACAUGCAUGGCAAUAAAUUAAUAAAUGCAAUAACAAAACAAAUAAACAUCAAAUAAAAUGUUAGUAUACAAAUGAAAAAUUAGAACACAGUGAAAAUGAAAAGUAUAGAACACAGGGUGGAUUUGUUGCUGCCUGACUUCUGUGUUAGAAACUUCCAGAAUACUAGUGUGUUCUUUUCCAGUUCAUAUCAUUACAGUUAGAGUUCAAGGCCAACUCCUUUGUAGUCAUUAUGCUGCUUGCAUUUUGCAAAAUAAUUGCUUUGGCCAGAUUAUUUACAUCAAGAACACACAUAAAUAUACAAAAUGUAGGUAGCAAACUUUCUCUGGAUUAUAUGAGUAGUUUGAGUCAUUAUAGGCAGGAAUGCAAAGAGACACUACAAAUAUACAAGAUGAUAGCAUCAGCUUUUCAGGUAGUUUUGCAUCAUGGUCAUAGUUUUGGGGUGAUUGAAAAGCGAAUUUUGUUUUGUUUCUUUUUGGAUUUCCAGUGUUAAUUCAACUCUAACAGAGUACAAUAAGGACCGUAUGUACUCUGUAAGCGUUGAUUUAACACUGAACAUUUUACUCUGCAGGGGAUGCCCUGACUUCCUAUUUCAAUGGAAACCUUGUAAGGACACAAAAAAAAAGAAAGAAAAAAAAGAGGUUUUUCAAUGUGUCGAUGGUAAGAAAAUUAUACCAUUGUGGUCUGAUACAUUUUUACACUUGAUAUGUGCAUAAAAAUAAUUUGUGUAUAAACAGACUUCUGCUCUUCUUUUCUGUCCCUUAAUUCACCCUGCAACCUGGUUGCAAACAGAAUAAAGUGAUGAUGCUGCCGUAAA